AUGGCUUCCACGUCAGACAACCGCAUAUCUUCUUUGACGGAGCAGUUAAAGUCUCCGCCCAAAGCUUCCAUACAAAUCCUUGGAACGCACAUGACGAACGAUCAAUGCAAAGCUAUCGAUUUUGAUCUCUGGAUUGACUGUACGAAGGUAGUAGGAAUCAGAUCAGGGCAACUCGUGACGACCAAUGCAAGUGGCUGUCGGGCAUGGGAGAAGUCCAACGAUCAGGACGGCUCCAUAUUUGAGGAGAUAGUAGCUGGCUGGCUGCGUGAAACAUUCUUCCCUGAUGGUAGUUCCACGGCAUUCAAAUCUCAUAUCGAACGUCUAGCACGCAGCAUCGCCUACGGCGGGUCUGUCGAGGUGGUGUUUCACAGGACAUCCGCAGAGCCAGACGCCAUGCCCGAGCAACACGACGUGCAAAUUCGAGCAGAGUGGAGCUUCGAGUGUCCUUUCACUGCUGCCGAUCAGAUCUGGAACCAGGCGGUGAUGAACGCAACGGUUGAUCGGAAGAAGGAUAGGGUCUCUCCAAGUCAAGACCUUAGGCCAGCUCAUGGGAUGUCUUCUUUCCGGACAGCUAUUAGACAAGGUGGUAUGUCUCGGGUUGUGUUGCGGGAGCAGGAUGCGCAUGGGGUGAAGCAUUCAGUCAGGCAAUAUUCGCAGUGGGGCUGUGAUGGGUCAGCGUAAGAGUGUCUCUAUAAUUAGAAUUCCACUGGAAGAAUUGCUGUCACUGUUAUGGACUAUUUAUUUGGCAAUGAUAUUGCAGUGCUUUAUUCGGU